ACCGCUUAGGAUUGUUUAGGGCAUUGCACCAUCAUGUAAGAAGUGAAACUAGGUGGCCUCUGAGGUCCCUGUAAUUCCAGUGAAUCUGAUUCCAGAGCUCAUUGCAUGGUCAUGCAGACAUAAUGGCAUGGUUGCUGUGGCGCCAUAAAGGUGUGAUGCUUUGGGUGACGUGGCAUUGGUGCUCAGUGGGGAGGACUCUGGCCAGAGACUUGGCUGCAUAACUUCAUAAUUGUGUGCUCCUGGGCACAUCUUCUAACCUUUCUGUGCCUCAGUUUCCUCACCUGUAACAUGAGGACGACAAGAGUGUCUGUUAAGAGUUGUAGUGAGAAUGAAAGAGCACACAGGAAGUGCUUCACGUGUGACACAUGGUGAGAACAACCAUCAGCACCGGUGGUGGUUGUUUAGCGGACAUUGUGGUCUUGUCGGAGGACCUGGUCUGAAGCACCUGGGUCCUCAGAUGACCCACCUGGCUCUAUGGGGUCAGUCUAACUGUCUGCCCAGCUCCCAGCCUGCCCCUGACCUAGAAUUCCCCUGAUGAGGGGCGUGCACACACCCUCAAAGCUCCAUCCCACAGUCAGUUCAAUCAGACAUCAGGACAAUGCUGGCUAGAACCACUUCCACUCCGAUAGCUUUGGUCUCAGCCAGUGUCCCCGCUGCGGACGCUUGGAAGGGACAGAUCAUCCAAUCCCAGACUCUGAGGUUUCAUUGCUUCCUGGCUCAACCAGUGACACUCUGCUUUAUUUCCUAAGCUAACCGGCAUCUGAGCUAUGCUCAUGUGCUGUAAUCUAGGAAGAAUGAGAACACGGGCUGGCAGUGGCCCAACAGCCUGCUUUCGUGUUGUGCAAAUGAAACUCAUGCAAACAAAACAGCCAUUUCUGCUCCUACUCCCUUUACCUGGAAUUCCUUCCGAAGAACAGGGCUGGACUUCCUCUUCGGUUGUUUCCGGGGUGCGUCCCUUCCCAGGUGGCUCGCCCAGACUGUCCUCUCUGCUCCUGAGACCACGGCAUAUGUGACCUCAUCUCUACACAGCAAGGGGUUGGGAGGUUCUCCUUAACCUGUUGACAGCUGCUCGACCUGGGACAAGGGCAGGAAGCCUCAAAAUAAAGCUGAGAACUUGGAAGGGAUUGUCAGAUCCAACCCCAUCUAUUCAAAGGACCAGCAACUCCAAGAGGAAGCCAGCCUGCAGCCCCUUCCCUGUGGAAAAGUCGGGCUUGAGGCUUUCAGGGCCAGCCUGAGAAAUAAGGCUCAUUUGAGAGCUGCGACAUUCAUCUUGACUCCAGUGGAAGUCCAACAGCCAGUCUCAUUUUGGCCUCCAGCUGGGCACCAUGAAGGCCUGUGUCCUCCUGCUACUGGCCGUGCUCUGUGGCCUGGCCUGGACCGCUAAAAGGGACCCCAAAGAGCCAGAGCCAUUCCUGGAGCUGGAGGAAGACACGGAAGAGGCCCCGGCUAGCAACCGGUACUCGGCGCCCAACUCCUGCCACGGCCGCUGCCAGGAACCCUUCGACAGGCGCCGCCCAUGCCACUGCAAUGCCCGCUGCCCAGAGUUUGGGAACUGCUGCAAGGAUUUUGAGAACCAAUGUGGCCACGAGGGCUUCUCCCGCAGCAGCGACGCCAUAACCGGGAAGGAGCUGCAGGCCAUCUCGGAGACCAUCUACAGGGUGGACACCAACAAAGCCCAGAAGGAAGACAUCGUUCUCAACAGCCAGAAGUACAUCUCACCCUCCGAAACCAGAGACCAAGUGGACCACUGCCCAGAGCCGCUCUUCACAUAUGUCAACGAGAAGCUGUUCUCCAAGCCGACCUAUGCUGCUUUCAUCAACCUCCUCAACAACUACCAUCGGGCGACGGGCCACGGGGAGCACUUCAGUGCCCAGCAGCUGGCCGAGCAGGACAACUUCCUCAGAGAGGUCCUGAAGACGGCAGUCAUGAAGGAACUCUACAGCUUCCUCCAGCACCAGAACCGCUACAGCUCAGAACAGGAGUUUGUUGAUGACCUAAAGAACAUGUGGUUUGGGCUCUAUUCAAGAGGCAAUGAAGAGGGGGACUCAAGUGGCUUUGAACACGUCUUCUCAGGUGAAGUCAAAAAAGGCAAGGUCACUGGCUUCCAUAAUUGGAUCCGCUUCUACUUGCAAGAGAAGGAGGGCCUGGUCGACUAUUACAGCUACAUCUAUGAUGGGCCUUGGGACUCUUACCCUGACGUGUUAGCCAUGCAGUUCAACUGGGAUGGCUACUAUAAGGAAGUGGGCUCAGCUUUCAUCGGCAGCAGCCCCGAGUUUGAGUUUGCACUCUACUCCUUGUGCUUCAUCGCCAGGCCAGGCAAAACGUGCCAAUUAAGCCUGGGUGGGCAUCCCUUGGCCAUCAAGACCUAUUCCUGGGACAAGUCCACCUAUGGAAAUGGCAAGAAGUACAUCGCCACUGCCUACGUGGAGUCUUCCACCCGAUAGACCUUGGAGCCAGAAAGGGGCCUGAGGGCAGUGAGAGCUCUUGCAGGACCAAGGUGCUAUCUGCUCUGGGCUGGAGAGGGGAUGGAGGAGACCGGGAGGGAUUCCCAAAUCCAGACACAUCCAAGGGGAAAGAGAAGAAAGACACAAAUGAAAAUGAAAUAGAAAAAUGCAGAGAAACAGUCAAAUCUUCAUGCUCCACCAUGUUGGAGCAGCAUCCAGACACGGAAGAUGCGGCCCUCCAUAGCUCUUUGCCUCGAUGGGAGCUGGAACUGUGAACAAGUCCUUGACCUCUCCAGGCCUCAUGUUUCCUUUUCAUGUAAAGGGAAGCGUUUGCCCCCUUUUCUCUUUUUGGGGUUGGUGAGAGGAACCUGAUGAAUUAUUACUGUGAAGGUGUUAUCUAUUGUUCUUAGGAAGAAUGGCUGACAGAAAUUCAAGAUUACUGUAAUGGCUGUUAUUGUACACAGCCCUGCAAACUGCAUUUCAGCCCUAUGUUGGAGCCUCAGAGAUAUCGGGCCAUGGAAAUCAAGCAUGGGUAUUUGGUCUUUUCUAGGGCUACAUCCUCUCAGAACAGGGUCUGGGAGAACUCAAACACUGGACGGAGAGGGGAAUGGUUGACACAGUGAGCGGGGAAAUGGACUUCUCCAGGCCAGAAGGGUUUUACAGCUAGCUCAUUAACUGCAUCAAGAACGUUCCUGCUUGUUGACAUUUAGUGCAAUUAUGGAGCUGCAUUUUGAUUCUGAAUAAUUUGUGGGAGUGCUCCCAUAGGAUCAUUUUGCAUCAGAAGAAAGGAGCCUAUAGCUUGGUGUCACUAGUGAUUAUUUUAAGGUUUAACCAGCAGCCAUAAUUUGUAUAAACUCUAGAAGGGAAGACCAGGGUGACUGCAUUUCAAACUCAAUUAUGCAUUUCUCCCUUAACCCUGCUGGGAACCAAACACUGUUUCACAGAGCCAGGUUUGAACUAUAGUUAAGAGCAGUGAUUUUCAAAAAGAAUUUUUAAAACAUGCAAUACCUGACUCUAGUCAGGAACACUGAUCUCUUUUCCCUUAGAUUGUCAAAAAAAAAAAAAAAAAAAAAAGACAGCAGCCAACAUAACAAUACUUAUCCAGUGUAAAUGCCCUGUCUUAAACCAUAAAUAGAUAGGUCAUAUGAUAGAGUUGCAUCUUAUUGGUCAUGUCACAUAAUAAGGUUGUACUGGAUUGGUUAAUUCUUGGUACCAGAAAUCUUUAUAUACAAAUAUAGGGACCUGUUUUUUAAAAAGUCAUUUUGGAGCA